CCAGCCCGACGCGCGCGCGCACAUACACACACACACACACACACACACAGAAGGGAAAAAAAAAAAGCAGCUGCGUAAUUACGCGCAGUCACUUGUUCUUUCGAAAGAAGCCUCGAGAAGUGAAGAGUCUUGAAGCUUUUCCUGGAUACAGAAGACUGGUCAUUUUUGGAGAUAGAGAGAUUGAGAGGGCAGGAGGAGAAGGAGAAAGCAGAUGCCAUGCUGCUGUCAGCACUGUUCUGGUUUCCUCUUGCGGUACCACUGGGCCAAGCUCUGGAGUUUCAAUACCACAACACGGCUCAGGUGGAGCAAUAUCUACAUGAAAUCAGCAAAAAGUACUCCAGCAUCACCCACCUUCACAGCAUCGGCCAGUCUGUUGAAGGAAGAGAGCUUUGGGUGCUAAUACUGGGUCAACAUCCUACAGAGCAUUGUGUCGGCAUUCCUGAAUUCAAAUACGUUGGCAACAUGCAUGGUAAUGAGGUGCUGGGGCGAGUCCUGCUGCUCCAGCUGAUCGAUUACCUGACCCGCAGCUAUAUGAGUGACCCUUUUGUGACGAAGCUGAUGAACACCACACGCAUACACAUCCUGCCCUCGAUGAACCCAGACGGCUUCGAGUCAUCAGCACGGGACUGCGUAUACUCGCAGGGCAGGUUCAAUAAAAAUGGUGUGGACCUAAACCGAAACUUCCCAGAUGCAUUCGUUGGUAAUAGUGAACAGGAGAUAGAAAAGGAGGUGGAGGCUGUGAUGAAGUGGCUGAAGACAGAGUCAUUUGUCCUCUCUGCUAACCUCCAUGGGGGGGCAGUGGUGGCCAGCUACCCCUAUGACAACAGUAACGGAGGCAGUGAGCUGCAGGAGGAGUCCAGUAUCACUCCAGAUGAUGAUGUGUUUGUCCACCUGGCCAAGACGUACUCAAAUAACCAUGCGACCAUGCAAAAGGGAAACAAAUGCUAUGAUCAAGGAUUUAAUGAUUUCCCAGACGGCAUCACUAAUGGCUACAGCUGGUAUCCACUAAAAGGUGGGAUGCAGGACUACAAUUAUGUUUGGGCUCAGUGUUUAGAGAUCACACUAGAGCUGUCUUGCUGUAAGUUCCCUCCUGAACGUGACUUGCCAGAGAUGUGGGAGGCCAACAAGCCUGCACUUCUGAACUACAUGCAACAAGUACAUCUAGGUGUAAAAGGUCGAGUGCUUGACUCAAAAGGAACUCCAGUCCAAAAUGCCUCUGUGGAGGUAGAGGGGAGGAGGAACAUUUGUCCAUUCAAAACAGAUCGCAAUGGAGAGUAUUUCAGACUGCUGCUGCCAGGAAACUACACCAUCACGGUGACACACCCAGGAUAUGAGCCACUCACAGAGACUGUGUCAGUGCCGUAUGGUCCGGACAGAUUCACCGCUUUAACACACAACUUUCAGCUUCAGAAACGUGCCAGCACUACAGUUGUUGUGGCAGCAAAGCCCACGUGUCCAUUACCUGAAGUGAGAAAUCCUGAGAACCACAGUUCUGCCCUGCUGCCCAGCAACACCAUUGCUCUUACCACCCUUACAAUUCUCACACUUCUGCUUCGGUCAGAUGGAUGACUGAUUUGAAUUUUGACUAGAUGGAAAAGUCACACUUUACUCUUCUUGCACAAGCACAUGGACCAUGGUUUGGCUGAAAGGGUAUUGUAUAAAAGAAAAGCAAUUGACACUGAGUAUAUAAUGGAUAUAAUGAAUGACCUGCCUUAUAAGAGGCAGGACUUUGCUUCAAGAGCUCAUGAUGGAAAACAGUUUCUCUCAUAUCCCUUUGUGUCAAAAAAAAUCUGGAAAUCUGACUUAUGCACAAAUGCUCUCAGGUCUGACAGCUUCGACUGUAUAAUUACACAGGUUUGGCCUUAAAGAAAAAAAAAUCAUUAUCAAAAUAAAAAUUAAUAUCUCGUCAUAUUCAAGUACGGUUUAGAAUUAAGUUUUAUUUCUUUGGUUCAAAUGUUUUUUUUUUUUCUGACAUUAUUUUGUUUUUAUUUUGGUUAACCCAUAUUACCCACAAUGCAACUUCCCAUCGAUAGUGGCACAAUUGGGAGUCAGUCUUGUUUCAGUUCUAUAGUAGUGGAACAGCGCUUUAUCUUGUCUAGCUCUUCCACUUCCUCACCUGUAUCCUCUGCCUAUCCUAAUACCAAGGUUCCUAACUAUUCAAUCUGUGUUGGUGUCAGACUUCAGUCUGUCUCUGCAUUGCAUCCUGGAACUUAGUGUCCAACUUGGGAAGUAAUGGAUGUCCAUAAUGUUUGAGUUUUAAACACUAUUUUAACUGGACAAAUUAAAUCCUUUUAGAGCACCAAAUCUGAACAGAGCCUCUCAUUUGAAUAGUAAAAAUACAGCACCAAGCAAGAAAUCCUCACCAGAAACGCUACCCACAUCAAAAAUAUUUCGGUAUAAGCAUCCAGGGUGGAUCUUUUCUUUGUGUUUUUUUUUUUUUUUGUUAUUGUGGUUCCUGGAAUCAGCUUUUGUUCUUUCCCAAAUGUGGGUUUUUCACAAAAGUCUAAGUUGAGAUGUGGCUUUUCCAGGGGUAACUUUAUUUGGGUGGUGAAAGUCUAAAUGUAACAUAAAUAAUUAGGAUUUAAAGUAAGAUGUAGAAAGUAGGAAAAAACUUGAACCACUAAGGGCUUAACUAAUUGCUAAUUCAACUAAACUUCUUACUCUGUACACACAGGCUGUUUAUUAUUAUUAUUAUUAUUACUAUUAUUAUUAUUAUUAUUAUUAUUAUUAUCCUUAUAUGUAUUUCGGUCAUCUUUUAUAAAGUCAGUUAUUUUUAAAUUGUGUGUUUUAGAACAUCUAAUUAUACAGGUAUUUUAUCAAGUCAUAAAAGUCCCCCCCCCCCCCCCUUUUUUUAACUUUUU